AUGAGUAAAAAACCCGCGACCGAGAUACUAGUCCAUAUCACAGCUCCUAGCAGGUCAAUAGAUGACGUGAAAUACAGAGCGCUCGCCAAUGCAUAUCACGACUUUGAGCCCACCACUCGAACAUCAGUGUUCAGCAAGACGAUCUCACCAAAUGUCGUCCCUGACCAGGCCGUCGUACGGCUUCAGCCCGUUGGAAAUAGGUCCCUAGGGCCUUCGACCCAGCUACACCAAAUCAUUCGGUCGUCUGGAGUAGCAGGAUCCGUCGAAACCCCAGUGCUAUCAUGGCGCGACGCCGCGAACAAUUUUGGAUCGCCCAGAUUGCGGAUGAGGCGUGAUCAGCCUAGCCAAAUUUCACAGCCCAGCCAACACUCACAGCCUACUCAAAAUUCGCAGCUUUCAUGGCAACCGCCGCCAAGUGUUGUCCAAGAUUCACUGCCAGACAACAAUGUGACUUUGUCUCAGUUUUGCACUCCGACAAGGCUGUUGGAGGACUAUUUGCAUCCAAGCGAUUCCAGUCAAUCUCUAGUCGCGUCGCCAGUCGUUGAAAGGGCACCGAGGGUACAAGAGUCAACAGCUGCGCGGGUCCAGAGUCAGUAUGAAGGUGACUCUACAUUCCCUACCAUCAGUCCUGUCUCGCAGCGCCGGCAGAUGGGCGGUCACCAGUCUCGCGUAGCACCUCCACCACCGGAUUCUUCUCUCCAAAGGAACAGCCAGGGACCUCCUGCGGACAACAUCCAAAGGACCUCCAGUCCGCCGGUCAGGGCUGCCGAGGAGCCUCACGUUUCAGCGCCAUCCGAAAGGAAUUUAUCAUGUCAACAAGUCGGCAGGCCCAUAUCAACGACACGAGGUCCCCCCAUACGUCAAGCACCAGCCGAUCCUCGAGCAAAGAUUAUACCUCUCUCCCCAGUCGUAAACGCCAACAGAAAACGCCGCCGACCCUCUCGAGACAGCGAGUUGAUGAUAGCAUCAUCACAGCCUGCUGCCCAAGAGCGAGUUCUACCGGCUGAUACUAUAAUUACCAAAGGACCGUCCAAGCCAUCUUUAUCUUCCCCCCGUAGUGAUUCCGAGCCACCGCCCAAGAAGCGACGCCUUACAUCUCCCGAGCCAGCAUCAGCGCCAACGCCAUCGUCACGAGCUGCAGCUGCACCCGCCUCAUUGACAUCUUUGCACGCCCCCUCGUCCUCUGCAACCCCAAUCUCAGGCUCAAGCACCGGCAAGCACCUUGCCCGAUCAACCAGCGACAUCGGUCCCCGACAAGACGCCGUCAAGUCCCACCAACUCGCCGAACGAAGCGCCCGCCUCUCCUCCGUCCUCGAGCUCUACUCGCCAUGUCCCCCGACUUCCGAUCUCGCAUUUGAUCUCUCGAAAGUCGAAGGAGAAGAAAUACGAGUAGACAACACCUCCCUAAUAACCCCCGUGCUCGCUAAGCUCGCCGCGGACCUAAACCUCCCCAAGCGCUUCCAGCCCUCUCUCCAGACUCGCGACUUGCGCCCCUACGAGCGGGGCUACUGGCUGGUGGACUGCAUGUCGUGGGACCGUGAGCUCAAGGAGUCGUGCUGGUCUUUUCUGGCCGACUACCUGGGCGGCGGGGCGGCGGGGUGGGGAAUCUGGUGCACGCGGGACGAAGGGUUCACUCGUUUGCGCAUGUAUUGCUGGGGCGCGGUGGUGGGGCAUAUGCACCUUGUCUUGUACAUUAUGAGCAAGCGCGAGGUGCUGUAUACGGGGAUGGAAUGGGUAGAUGCGGACGGGGAGGUGGUUAUUCGGAUGGAGCCUAGGCCAAGCCUGUGA